UUUCCGGGUCGGGGCCGGUGCUAUGGCGGCUGACACGCAGGUUUCUGAAGUACUGAAGAGAUUUGCAGUGAAAGUAACUACAUCCAGUGUGAAGGAACGAAGAGAGAUCCUCAAUGAACUUGGAAGAUCCAUCACUGGAAAAGAUCUGCCAGAGGGUGCAGUGAAAGGCCUCUGUAAGCUGUUCUGCCUCACGCUGCACCGAUACAGAGAUGCAGCAUCCCGCAGAGCCCUCCAGGCAGCCCUUCAGCAGCUUGCAGAAUGCCAGCCAGAAGCAACUGCGAAGAACCUCUUGCAGUCCCUGCAGUCUUCAGGAAUCAGCAGCAAGUAUGGUGGACCCAGUAAAAGCAGUGGAUCUGCCGCAUUGCUGGCCCUGUCCUGGACUUGUCUACUUGUUCGCAUCGUCUUCCCCACACAUGACAAGAGACAAGGGGAAACGUGGGAGAAACUAGUGGAAGUUCAGUGCUUGCUUCUGUUGGAGGUUCUGGGUGGUUCUCGCAAGCCUAUGGUGGAUGGAGCAGUGAAGAAACUGAACAGGCUGUGGAAAGAGAAUCCUGGGCUGGUGGAUCAAUACCUCUCUGUCAUCCUGGGCCUGGAGGCAAACCAGGGCUAUGCAGUCAUGCUGGGCCUGCUUGUGCAGUUCUGUACCAGCCAGAAAGAACUUGGCAUCGUUAACAGAUACAAGAGUGCUCUCCUGGACUUCUACAUGAAGACCAUCCUGAUGAGCAAGAUGAAACCUCAGAAGCACCUGCUGGACAGCUGUGCUCCUCUGCUCCGAUACGUGUCCCAUUCUGAGUUCAAGGACCUCGUGCUGCCAGCUUUGCAGAAAUCCCUGCUGCGGAGCCCUGAGAAUGCCAUUGAAACGAUUUCCUGUCUGUUGGCGUCUGUAACCCUUGACCUCAGCCAGUACGCUCUAGACAUAGUGAAAGGGCUGGCCAGCCAGUUGAAAUCCAACAGUUCUCAGCUGAUGGACGAGGCCAUCAUCGCAUUAAAGAACUUGGCUUGGCAGUGCAGUGACCCGUCAACGGUGGAGUCACUUGGGAGACACCUGUUCGCCAUUUUAGGAGGUUCUGAGGGAAAGCUGACGGUUGUGGCACAGAAAAUCAGUGUUCUCUCAGGGAUUGGCAGUUGUAGCCGUCAUGCAGUUUCCGGGGCCUCCAAUCAAGCUCUAAGCAAAUCCAUGACAGAACUUUUCAUCCCUUUUCUUCAGCAGGAAGUCCAUGAAGGCACUCUAGUACAUGCCAUCUCUGUCCUGGCUCUUUGGUGUAAUCGGUUCACCACUGAAGUACCCAAGGAGUUGAUGGAGUGGUUCAAGAAAGCCUUCAGCCUUAAAACCUGCACUUCAGCGGUCAGGCAUGCUUAUCUCCAGUGCAUGUUGGCAUCCUUCAAAGGCAAUUUACUUCUACAAGGCACUGACAUGCUUCCCCUGCUGAACCAGGCAGUUGAAAAAGCCGCAGCACAAAGCACUCAGGUUCCCCUGGUAACAGAAGGUGUUGCAGCCGCUUUGCUGAUUUGCAGACUCUCAGUAGCUGAUGCACAAAUAGAGAGCAAACUGAACAGUUUCUGGCAGCUCAUUCUGGAUGAGAAGAAGCAGAUCUUCACUUCUGAGAAGUUCCUGCAGUCUGCAUCUGAGGAAGCCAUGUGCACUGUCCUGCAGCUGACGGAGCACCUCCUCCUGGACCACGAGUGUCGGCUACCCAGCGCAAAAGUCCAGCAGUAUCAAAAGGCCCUGGCCGCAGUGCUCCUCAGCCGCUCGUGGUGUGUCCGAAGGCUUGCCCAGCAGACUGUGAGAAAGCUCUUGUCCUUGCCCAGGGGGUUCAAGUUAGCUUAUGGACUCUUAGAAGAACUAAAGGUGGUUCUCAGUUCUCACAGGGUGCUGCCCGCCGAGGCCUUGGAAACGGAGUCAGGGGAACUGUCGGAACAAGGGAAACUGCACAUCCCCCCUCGCAUCCUUCAGGAAACGCUGUGUGUGAUCUGCAUGACUGGGCUGGAAGGGGAUCUGGAAGAGAAGGAAAAGCUUGCCCUGGAAAUGUUGCUAGUUAGCAAUCACCCUUGCCUAGUCGCGGUGCAGCCUGGCCUCUGGCCAGCCCUCCUGCUCAAGAUGACGCUUGACCCUGUAGACUUCAUCACCAAAUACCUGGAAAACAUCUGUGACCGAAUCAUUACCCAAAGCCCUAUGACUAAGUCGUCCCUGAAUGCAGCAGGCUUGCUCUCUGCCCUGUCACCUGGCCAUGUCCUCCCUCGGCUGAUUGGCGCCAUCUCUGCCUCUCUGAAGAACCCAGCGUUGGGCCUGGUGACGCAGGAGGAAUUUGCCAUCAUGAAGACACCUGAAGGGGAGCUGUAUGACAAAUCCAUCUUGCACAGUGCGCAGCAGGACAGCCUGAAGAAGGCCAAUAUGAAGAGGGAGAACAAGGCCUAUUCCUUCAAGGAGCAGAUCAUUGAGCUGGAGCUGAAGGAGGAGAUUAAGAAGAAGAAGGGAAUAAAGGAAGAGAUCCAACUAACUAGUAAACAAAAGGAGAUGUUGAAUGCCCAGCUGGAGAAGGAAUCUUACACCAGGAAGCAACUGCAGGAGCUUGACAGUGAACUGGAAUCCAAACUGGGUCUUCUGGGUGCCAUUCUGAAGAGGAACCCCCCAGGCCUCUCCCAGUACAUCCCAGCUCUCGUAGACUCGUUCAUGCCUCUGCUGAAAUCCCCUCUGGCUGCUCCAAGGAUUAAGGACCCUUUUCUGUCUUUGGCAUCCUGUGUGAUGCCUGCUCGGUUGAAGACAUUUGGCAUCGUAGCAAGUCAUGUGACUUUGCGGAUGAUGAAACCAGAGUGCCGCUUGGAUGAAUCCUGGUGCCAGGAGGACCUGCCCACUGCUGUGAACCGAGUCAUUACCCUGCUGCAUGCACACACUGUACCUGGCCGGCAGAGCAAAGGGGAGGCAGGUCCCACGCCCUUACCGGCCCCUGCGUUUUCCUUAGUCUUUCCCCUCCUCAAAAUGGUGCUGCUUCAGACUCCUAAUGACAGUGAGGAAAAGGAAGAGCUCAUGGUCAAGGCCCUGCAGACCAUCACGGUGCAUGCUCAGCUGAGGUCAUUCUCCAACAACCUGUGUUUGCUGGAUGAGAAUGGUCCUGAGUUACUGCCUCGCACAGACAUGCUGUCGCUCUUGACUAAAGUGAUUGGGACUGGCUCGCCACGCCUACAGGUGCUGGCUUCCACAGCACUGACAGCCUUGUGUGCCAGCAGCAGCGGAGAGAGCGGCUGUGCCUAUGCAGAACAGGAAGAAAUUGACGUGCUGCUCCAGGCCCUCCAGUCUCCUUGCAUGAAUGUCCGAGAUGCAGCUCUCCGGGGCUUGAUGGAGCUGCAGAUGGUCCUGCCUACUCCAGAUAGUGAUCAGGAGAAUGGGUUGAACCUUUUGCGCCGUCUCUGGGUGGUGAAGUUUGACAGAGAAGAAGUCAUUCGAACGUUAGCUGAAAGGCUGUGGGAGUCGAUGGGUUUGGAGUUGCAACCUGACAUCUGUUCAGUCCUCAUUAAAGAUGUUAUCCACUAUGAGGAAGCUGUGCGUCAGGCUGGUGCUGAGGCGCUUUCCAAGGGCGUUGAACAAUAUCGAAACCAAACAAAGGAUGUCAUGACAAAACUCAUGGAUAUUUAUCAGGAAAAACUCUAUAGGCCGCCUCCUGUCCUGGAUGCUCUGGGCCGCGUCAUCUCCGAAUCGCCACCAGAUCAGUGGGAAGCCAGAUGCGGCAUUGCUCUGGCCUUGAACAAACUCUCCGAGCACCUGGACAGUUCGCAGAUAAAGCCUCUUUUCGAGUUCUUUGUGCCAGACGCCCUUAAUGAUCGUAAUCCUGAGGUCCGAAAAUGCAUGCUGGAUGCAGCGCUCUCGGCACUCAAUACCCACGGCAAGGACAGCGUCAACUCCCUGCUGCCGGUGUUUGAGGAAUUCCUGAAGAACGCGCCCAAUGACGCCAGCUAUGAUGCUGUCAGGCAGAGCGUGGUCAUUCUGAUGGGCUCCCUGGCCAAGCAUUUGGACAAGAGCGAUCCAAAAGUGAAGCCAAUCGUUGCCAAACUCAUUGCCGCACUUUCCACUCCGUCCCAGCAGGUCCAGGAGUCGGUGGCGAGCUGCCUGCCUCCCCUUGUGCCCGCGAUAAGAGAGGAUGCCGGGGGAAUGAUACAGAAGCUGCUGCAGCUGCUGCUGGAGUCGGACAAGUAUGCCGAGCGGAAAGGAGCUGCCUACGGGCUCGCCGGCCUGGUGAAGGGCCUGGGGAUCCUCUCCCUCAAGCAGCAGGAAAUGAUGGCCAGGCUGACCGACGCCAUCCAAGACAAGAAGAACUUCCGGCGGCGAGAAGGGGCCUUGUUUGCCUUCGAGAUGCUCUGCACCUUGCUUGGGAAGCUCUUCGAGCCCUAUGUGGUGCAUGUCUUGCCCCACUUGCUGCUCUGCUUCGGAGACGGGAACCAGUAUGUCCGGGAGGCUGCAGACGACUGUGCCAAGGCCGUGAUGAGCAACCUGAGUGCCCACGGCGUGAAAUUGGUGCUGCCGUCAUUGCUGGCCGCGCUGGAGGAGGAGUCUUGGCGGACCAAAGCUGGGUCGGUGGAACUCUUGGGGGCCAUGGCCUACUGUGCCCCUAAGCAGCUGUCGUCUUGCUUGCCAAACAUCGUGCCGAAGCUCACCGAAGUGCUCACGGACUCGCACGUGAAGGUCCAGAAGGCCGGGCAGCAGGCACUGCGCCAGAUCGGAUCUGUGAUCCGGAACCCUGAGAUCUUGGCAAUUGCACCGGUUCUGCUGGAUGCCUUAACGGAUCCCUCCAGGAAGACCCAGAAGUGCCUGCAGACGCUGCUGGACACCAAAUUUGUCCAUUUCAUCGACGCGCCUUCCCUGGCCCUCAUCAUGCCCAUAGUGCAGAGGGCUUUCCAGGAUCGCUCCACAGACACCCGGAAGAUGGCUGCCCAGAUCAUCGGGAACAUGUACUCGCUGACAGAUCAGAAGGAUCUGGCCCCUUACCUGCCCAGUGUGACUCCCGGGCUGAAAACGUCUCUCCUGGACCCGGUGCCUGAGGUGCGCACCGUCUCGGCAAAGGCGCUGGGCGCCAUGGUGAAGGGGAUGGGCGAGUCUUGCUUUGAGGACCUGCUGCCUUGGCUGAUGGAGACCCUGACGUACGAGCAGAGUUCGGUGGAUCGAUCCGGUGCCGCGCAAGGCCUCGCGGAAGUCAUGGCUGGUUUGGGAGUAGAAAAGCUGGAAAAACUGAUGCCAGAGAUCGUUGCCACAGCAAGCAAAGUGGACAUAGCGCCCCACGUCCGGGACGGUUAUAUUAUGAUGUUCAACUACCUGCCCAUCACCUUCGGCGAAAAGUUCACCCCUUACGUGGGGCCCAUCAUACCUUGCAUCCUUAAGGCCCUGGCCGACGAGAAUGAGUUUGUGCGGGACACAGCCCUGCGCGCCGGACAGAGGAUCAUCAGCAUGUAUGCAGAGACGGCCAUUGCGCUGCUCCUGCCGCAGCUGGAGCAAGGUCUGUUCGACGACCUUUGGCGAAUCCGGUACAGCUCAGUGCAGCUUCUGGGAGACCUCCUCUUCCAUAUCUCAGGAGUCACUGGGAAAAUGACAACAGAGACCGCCUCCGAGGAUGACAAUUUCGGAACAGCCCAGUCCAACAAGGCAAUCAUUAAUGCGCUUGGAGUGGAGCGGAGGAACCGAGUGUUGGCCGGGCUGUACAUGGGCCGCUCUGACACCCAGCUGGCCGUCCGCCAGGCAUCCCUGCACGUCUGGAAAAUUGUGGUUUCAAACACACCUCGCACUCUCCGUGAGAUUUUGCCCACCCUCUUUGGUCUCCUGUUGGGGUUCUUGGCCAGCACUUGCGCAGACAAGAGAACAAUUGCAGCACGGACGUUAGGGGACCUGGUCCGAAAGCUGGGGGAGAAGAUUCUGCCAGAGAUCAUCCCCAUCUUGGAGGAAGGGCUGAGGUCUGAGAAGAGCGACAAGAGGCAAGGCGUCUGCAUCGGCCUCAGUGAGAUAAUGAAGUCCACCAGCAGGGAUGCGGUGCUGUGUUUCUCCGAGUCACUCGUCCCAACCGUGAGGAAAGCGCUGUGUGACCCCCUGGAAGAAGUCCGAGAAGCGGCAGCCAAAACGUUUGAACAGCUGCACUCAACAAUCGGGUACCAGGCUCUUGAGGACAUCCUGCCCUUCUUGCUGAAGCAGCUGGAAAACGAAGAGUUAUCAGAGUUUGCCCUGGAUGGUCUUAAGCAAGUGAUGGCUGUGAAGAGCCGGGUGGUGUUGCCUUACCUGGUGCCAAAGCUUAUUUCUCCUCCUGUAAAUACCAGAGUCCUGGCUUUCCUCUCAUCUGUGGCUGGUGAUGCUCUUACCCGACACCUGGGUGUCAUCUUGCCUGCCAUGAUGUCUGCACUAAAGGAGAAGCUCGGGACAGGUGAAGAGCAGCAGGAGAUGCUGAACUGCCAGGUUGUCAUCCUGUCCGUGGAAGAUGAGGCCGGGCAGAGGAUCAUCAUCGAAGACCUGCUGGAGGCCACCCGCAGCCCCGAGGUGGGGAUGCGGCAGGCCGCGGCCGUCAUUCUCAACAUCUACUGCUCCAAGACCAAGGCGGACUACACUCUCCACCUGCGCAGCCUCGUCUCGGGCCUGAUCCGGCUCUUCAACGACACCAACGCCGUGGUUCUCAACGAAAGCUGGGAUGCCCUCAAUGCCAUCACCAAGAAAUUGGAUGCUGGCAACCAGCUGGCCCUCAUUGAGGAUCUGCACAGGGACAUCCGCAUGGUGGGGAGCGACGCCGGUGGCGAGCACGUGCCCGGAUUCUGCAUCCCGAAGAAGGGGGUGAUUUCCAUUCUUCCUGUGCUGCGGGAGGGAGUCCUGACAGGCAACUCCGAACAAAAAGAAGAGGCUGCGAAGGCUUUGGGGCUUGUGCUUAAGCUGACCUCCUCUGAAGCACUGAAACCUUCUGUUGUGAGCAUCACGGGGCCACUGAUCCGCAUCUUGGGCGACAGGUUUAGCUGGAACGUCAAGGUGGCUUUGCUCGAAACAUUGAGCCUUCUCCUGGCCAAGGUGGGCAUUGCCCUGAAGCCGUUCCUGCCCCAGCUGCAGACCACCUUCACCAAAGCGCUGCAGGACCCCAACCGCCUGGUCCGCCUCAAGGCAGCCGAUGCUCUUGGGAAGCUCAUCGCCAUCCACGCCAAAGUUGACCCGCUCUUCACUGAGCUGCUGAACGGCAUUCGCACCAGCGAAGACUCGGGCAUCAGGGACACGAUGUUGCAAGCCCUGCGGUUCGUGACGCAAGGAGCUGGGGCCAAAGUGGACGCCACGGUCCGGAAGAACAUCACCACAGUGCUGCUGGGCAUGCUGGGGCAUGAUGAGGAUGCCACCCGGGUGGCCUCAGCUGGCUGCGUGGCAGAGCUGUGCGCGUUCCUUUCGGAAGAAGAACUUGGCAAUGUCCUCCAGAAUCAUCUGCUAGCGGACGUCUCCGGCAUUGACUGGAUGGUGAGGCAUGGGCGCAGCCUGGCUCUUUCCGUGGCGAUCAGCGUGGCCCCCAGCAGAGUGUGUGCCCCCAGAUACUGCAACAGCGUUCAUGAGAUGAUCUACAGCAAUACACUUGCUGACCGAAUCCCAAUUGCUAUCAGUGGCAUCAGAGGAAUGGGCUUUCUUAUGAAGUACCACAUAGAGGCCAGUGGGGGGAACCUGCCCCCCAAGCUCUCCAACCUUUUCAUCAAGUGUCUUCAGAAUCCAUCCAGCGACAUCAAAUUAGUUGCAGAGAAGAUGAUCUGGUGGGCAAAUAAAAGUCCUCUCCCGCCCUUGGAACCCCAGACAGCCAAGCCCAUCCUCAAGGCACUUCUGGACAACACGAAGGAUAAGAACACCAGCGUGAGAGCCUACAGCGACCAGGCCAUUGUGAACCUGCUGAAAAUGAGGGAAGGCGAGGAAGGACUGCAGGCCAUCUCCAAGAUCCUAGAUACUGCCAGUUUGGAACUGCUGAACGAGAGCUGCCGCAGAUCUUUGAAGAAACUGGCUAGCCAAGCUGACUCUUUCGAACAAAUCGAUGACACUAUCCUCACGUGAUUUUGGAGUAGCGGAAGAAAAGCCAGCCCUCAAACCCAUCUCUGCAUCAACAUGGCAACUCAAAAUCAAGAGCAACAUUUUCAUUUUUGAAAAUGCUAAACCAGAUGGGAGCUUAUGAAAAGGGCUUCCGGAGUAUUUUAAUAUACCAGAAUAGCCUUAAUUAGAAUCCUGCUAGUUUAAAAAUCACACGAAUUUGCCCCACCCCCACCUGUUUUUGAAAUGCAGAGGACACAGCAAGGAGUCCUGCCCAAUUGGUAACACAUAAUUGUUAGCUGGUUCUGUGGCGAGUUUUCCCCCUCUGGGUUAAGGGAGCUGUUUCCACUUAACACUAGGUGGAAAUUAGACUUCUGUGGAAAUUGAGCAGUUGGCUUCAAUGUGCUGCUGAUUUGCUGUUUGCAGCAGCUCUGAAGGCUGCAAAUUCUGUAAAUCAAACUAUUUAAAGGGCCUUAGAAAUUAGAGGCAACAGGGGAUGAAAAAUAGGUUGCUUGGAUGACAGUUUAAUAAAAAGCUUCAAACUUCA